AUGCAGUUUCUCGCAAGAUCACUGUCGAAUUCGAUAAGAUCUUCGUUGAAUUCAAGAGCUAGACAACAAUCAUGGGUUUUGUCUCAGCGAUUUCAUUCAACCUCGUCUGUCAAAAGUAGCUUUACUCAAUCGGAAUCUGUGAUACCGGAGAAAUCGUCGGAGGCGUGGCCGAGACCGACGAAGAUACCGUACCAACCCAAAAUCGCGAACUCAAUUGAUUUGGUUGGGUACGUGAAACUACCCGUUCAGUUCCAAGCAAACCACGACGGAAGUUUCUAUGCAGGCACCGUCAUUUCGAACGGACCUUCGUCUGAUUCCGACACCGAAUCGGAUCCUAAAUUCUUGAUUCCGGUGGUAUUUGAAGGGGAGUUAGCUCAUACUGCUAACUGUCAUUUGAAGAAAAACGAUCGUGUGCAUAUUACCGGACAGGUUUUCGUAGAUACUAAUCCAUCUGGAGCAGAACCUGACCAAGAAUAUGUUCAAGUAAUGGUUCGUGAUCUCCAUUACAUUGAUGGUUCUAAAGCCCUACCAAAAGUUUUGCCAACAUCAUCAGAUCAAAAAGAAGGUGUGCUAAAGCAUUCUGUGAGCCUUCAACAAGUUAGGAAUGUUGGAACUGAUCAUUGGUUUGAUCUUCUUCAUAAAUCGGAUGAAUGGAGUGAUUACCGCGAAAGCAAACAGAACGGAUCGGUACAUCCUAAAUACCCUGAUUUCAAGAAGAAAGAUGGGAGUGUAUCGCUUUGGCUUAACAAAGCUCCCAAAGAGAUAUUGUCCGAUCUUAAAGAUGUGAAGUUCGAUAUUCCCGUUCAAUCAACAUACCCAAAACAAUCAAAGGCUGGAGAGGAAGCAUGGAAAGAAUUGGUGGAAAACAUGAACAAUUGGUGGGACAACAGAUUGAGCAAGCAAAACGUAAAGGGCCCGGAUUUUGUGCACAAAGACACCCGUGUAGCUCUCUGGUUAACUGAUUGUCCAAGCUGGGUGAUGGAAAAACUGCCUCCUCCCAAAGAACCAAGAAUGUGA